AUGUCGGUGAGGGAGUAUGAGGUAAAAUUCAAUGACUUGUCCCACUUUGCGCCAUCUCUUGUGGAGUCUGAGCAUUUGAAAUGCCUGAAAUUUGAGAAAGGUCUUAAGAAUUCUCAAAGUAAGGAAGUAGCUGGUCGAGUUUCUACUUCUGGUGGACCUUCUGCUUCAGGCGGGCCACAAUGGAGUAGUAGAAGAAACCAUAAUCAAGGGCAGGUCAAUGCCGACAUGAUCAAUGGUGGCAGUAGUUCCUCUGGAAGUGACCGAAGUGAAGGUGAACCUGAGGUAAUUGGAGACAAUGCAGAGAUUCCUGUAGUGGAUGAGUUCACAGAUGUAUUUCCUGAGGAAUUACCUAGUUUACCGCCGAAUCGGGAGAUUGAAUUCUGCAUUGAUUUGGUUCCGGGAACGACACCUAUCUCUAUUCCUCCAUACCGGAUGGCACCUGCUGAAAUGAGAGAAUUAAGAAAGCAGCUCGAAGAGCUAGCAGAAAAGGGGUAUAUAAGAAACAAUACUUUCCCUUGGGGUGCACCGGUAUUGUUUGUGAAGAAGCAUAACAGAUAUCUUCAGUUAUGUAUUGACUAUCGUCAAUUGAAUAGGUUGUAUGCGAAGAAGGAGAAGCGUGACUUCUGGCUAACAGAGGUGAAGUUCCUUGGGCAUAUGAUAUCAGGACAAGAAAUUUAUGUAGAUCCUUCCAAGAUCGAGACUGUACUACAGUGGGAAAGGCUAAAGAAUGUGGCAGAGAUCUGA